UUCUCUCUGUGUUAAUUAUUCUGGCGAAUUGUUUUGUUUGGUGAUUUUUUCGUAGUCCAUUCUCUAUUAUUUUUUUUAGUAGAUGUUCAUUAGACACUGAUUCAAGGAAAUAUUGUUCUACGAUUGAAUAUUUCAUCAAGAACAUCACAAUAAAAUUAUUACAAUAAUAACCAAAUCGACAUUAGUUUUCAGUUCUAACCUCUGAUAACUCCUGUUCUAUGAUGGAAAGGAUUGCAUUGGAUAGACUUUAUUUAUCCCGCUUGUCAGAUGUUGAUUCAGAAGUCAUUCUUAUAACAGCAACAAACAGAGUAUCCGCGAUUGAACAAAUCAUUCCAGUGAAGCUUGAGCACCCUAAUCAUUUUGGCUUUUUACAAUUUCAUUAUAAAGGUCCAGGAUUCUGUAAUGUUUUUUCUCUCAGUUCAGUUAAAGUUAGUGGAUUAUUGUUAAUACAAUCAAAUACUGAAGAUCAUGAAGUCUUUCUGAAAGAUGUACAAAAUAACAUAACUGAAGGUGACUGGAAUAUCAUCCACAUCGAUACAAAAAAUGAAAGUGAUUGUCAUUACUUAUUUGAAAAAUCCAUAGAGGAUAACUGUACAGUUAUUUUUGCCAUGAAGUUGAUGAUUGUUGAUGCGAAUGACUCCUCGCGACAACUUGUUCUUUAUCUAAAUAAAGUUGAUUGCCUACUCCUAUGUCGGGCAAUAAAAGAGAAAGAUAUGAAAAUGAUUAAAAUGUAUCUUAACUUCAACUUGGACAUCAAUGCAAGAAAUGAAGCAAGUGAGACACCUCUUCAUGUUGCUGUUGAUUUAGGAAUGUCUGAUGUCGUGGAUCUUCUUAUCAGUAAUGGUGCAGAUGUUAAUGCUUCCAACGAACACCGUCGAGUACCACUUCACAGUGCAGUUAUAAAUGCUAAUUCAACAAUAUUUGACAUUCUUAUUAAAAAUCAGGCAAAACUAAACGAGAAAGAUGAUGAAGCUCGAACUCCACUUCAUUAUGCUGUAGAUACUGGAAAUAUGGAAUUUGUAAAUAUUCUUCUGAAAAGAGGUGCUAAUUGUAACCUUAAAGAUUCCUGUAAGAAUGCGCCACUUCAUUUGGCAGUUGAGCAAAAUAAUUUAGAUAUGAUUAAAGCAUUUCUUAAUUUCAACUUGGACAUCAAUGCAAGAAAUAACGCAGGUGAGACACCUCUUCAUGUUUCCGUUAAAUCUAGAAAAAAGAAUAUCGUAGAUCUUCUUAUCAGUAAUGGUGCAGAUGUUAAUGCUUCCAACAAACAGCGUCAAGUACCACUUCACAGUGCCGUUAAAGAAUAUAAUUUAAAAAUAUUGGACACUCUGCUUAAAAAUCAGGUGAACUUUGAUAAACAAGAUAGAGAAGGUCAGACUCCACUUCAUCUUGCUGUUGGUGCUGAAAAUUUAGAUGCUGUUGAUAUGUUUUUGAAAAAGGGUGUUAAUUAUAAACUUAUAGAUGCGUGGGAUCGCACACCACUUCAUUUGGCAGCUGAAAGAAUGCAUUUAGAUAUGAUUAAAGUUUUUCUUGAUAAUAAUGUUGAUCCUAAUAUUGUAAAUUCAUGUAAUCAAACUCCACUUCAUGUAAUUGAUCAGUUAAUUCACAUAAAAACUUAUGGAUACAGAAGAUUUGGGAAUCGUUCACUAGGAGACGGCCCUAGAAAUACAGAAUUUUAUUUACCAUUUAUUAUUACUCUGUUAGAAAAAGGAGCAGAUCUUAAUUUUCAAGAUAAAGGAGGUAAUACUCCUUACAAUAAUGCUGUGAAGAAUGGACGAAGAAUACUUGCAAAAGCUUUUCAAGAAUGUGAGUGCAUUAACGGUGUUAUCGCUGUUAAAAACAAAGCUCAAUCAGGGAAAUUUACUUUACACGUAACAUUAGAGACAUCUAAUGUUGAAAUGAAGAUUAUUCAGUGUAUUGUGAAAGCUACUAGUGACAUUGAUGCUAAAGAUGAACGUGGAAGAACAGCUCUUCAUAUUGCAACGAUCAACCAUUUAGAUAGUUCAACGGUUCAUCAUUCUCACAAAUUCUUAUAUACCGAACGUAUAGAAUAUCUUUUACGUAAUAAAGCUAAUAUCAAUGCAGUCGACAAUGAUAUGAGCACUCCACUUCACCAUGCUUGUAGGAACAAGAAUGUACAUGUUGUUGAGUACUUGAUAGAAAAAGGAGCUGAUCCUAGGAUAAGAGAUAAAGAUGGUAAAACUGUACUUCACUAUGCAUGCAUGAUGGAUUGGCGCUACUCACAGUCAUCCUCUCACAGGAGGAAAGAUGUUCAAAGUAAAAUUAUCUCCAUUCUUGUUAAAAAUGGUGUAUCUGUUAAUUGGGAUGAUAAAUUUGGUAAAACACCUCUACAUUAUGUUGUUGAAGAAAAUGAUGAUACAUCCUUUUAUCUUUAUCAACUACUUCUACAGAACGGUGCUGAUAUUAAUAUUGAGGAUAAUGAUCGUGAUACAGCAUUUGAUAAAUUAUUGAAACAACAUUCUCUAUCUAAAUCUAAAAAAGUAGCACCAUUCAUACAUCAUGUGAUCAAAAUGAAAGUUAUGGAGAAGUGGGUUCUUAAAAAAACUUUAGAUAAAAUUUAUGAAGAGAAAAAUAAAAUCUUUUUGAAACAAGUAAAGAAUUACGAGGAUAAUUGUAACAUAGAGAUUAAUGCUAUGAAAAAACAAAAAAUUGGUCAGAGUGAUAUAACUUUCUACGAUUUUCUGAAGACAAGUCCAGAUGAUACAGCAAAUUAUGCUCAGAAUCAAAAUAUAGUGGAAGCUAUAGAAUCAAAUCAAUUGAAAAAAAGGUUUCCUAUUUAUAAUGAAUUUUUAAAAUGUCAUUUGCGUGAAAUUCAACAAUGGGAUAAAUCAUCUGAUCAAACUCAAGAGUCAUUAAAUACUUUUAAAAAGAAAAAACUGAAACUGUAGUUAAAAAUUAAGUUCAAUUAUACUAAAAAUAAUAUUUUAUAUUUUUUUAAACGAUUCACUUCUGAAGAAGGUAAUUGAGAAGGUAAAUAAUACUAGAUUCUGUUCGAAUUCGAACAAAAAGUUCCUCAAAGGGUCAGAAAACACCCAAGCAUAACUCAAGAAAUCUUUUUUUUUUUUAUAUUUAUAAAUAAUUUUUUUUACUAUGUAUUGUUAUAAACUACAUAAUAUUUAUAAAUAAAAAUGCAAUUAUCCAACGGAGAAAGAAACGAUGCCAACGCUUAUUUAUAAGAACUAAAAAUUAAAUUAGAAAGCGCGGUAUUUUAGAGAUGGACAAUUAAUUGUCUUUUUUUAAAGACAGUGAAGGACGAUAGUAAGCAUUCAGCAUUUCUUCCAUCAAGAGUACUUAUCGGAGUACCGUGGAUCGUCAGUUAGCCAAAAAUUAUUUUAAAGGUUAUUUAAACAAGAUUUCUCUUAAAAUGAGUAC